AUGGACAUGAACUUCCACUCCGACCCGCUGGUGAACCGCGACGACCCCAUCCCCGUCGUCGCCAUUUCUGCACCACGGGACGAUCCCUCGCCUCCGGAUCAUGACCGUCCAAAAGGAAAACGCGCUUCGAUCCGGCACUCGCUGUCCGGGGACAAGCUGAGGGAGAAGCUGGACUCCUUCAAAGGCCACGGCAGCACGUACGGCAGCAGCCACGGCCACCAGCGCAGCGUAAGCUCCUCCAGCGCAAACGAGUCGCCCAGCAAGAUCCAGGACCGUUUGAUGAACAUGCUGCUUCAACAAAUGAUUCCCGGCGGAGAUGUCGAUGAUGGCAGUCGUCCCAAGGACCGACGAUCAAGAAAAUACGUCGAGCGUCCAGGCUUCAGUAUACCGACAAUGUCGUACAACUUUCGCCGCUUCAAUUCCAGAAUCGGCGUCGUCUUUGUUUUUGAGAACCGCCUCAUCCGUCUAUUCUCCUGGAAAGACCCGACGCAUACCCUAGCUUUCCUGGCUAUUUACUCAUUCGUCUGCCUCGACCCGAAUCUGCUCGCAGUAUUGCCCUUGGCCGGAUGUCUCUUCUUCGUCAUGGUGCCGGCAUUCCUCGCUCGGCAUCCUCCGCCGCCAUCCCAUCUACCAACUGACGUUCAUCCGCUUAAUGGGCCGCCGAUGGCAGCGCCGCAAAACAUCAAGCCCGCUCCAGAGCUCAGUAAGGACUUUUGGCGUAACAUGAGAGACUUGCAGAAUACCAUGGAAGAUUUCAGCCGUGUCCACGAUGCUGCAAUCAACCUCAUUACCCCACCCACAAACUUCUCUGACGAAGCCGUGUCCUCUGCUCUGUACCUGAUCCUCUUCGUUGCCUCUAUCAUUCUAUUCAUAGCCGCUCAAAUUCUCCCCUGGCGAGCCGUCCUCCUCGUUACAGGCUGGGUACUUGUCUGCGCUUGCCAUCCUCGCUCGCAAACGUUUCUGGAAGAGACGCACGCGGACGAGUUUAUCGAAGAGCAAGGCCAACAUGCCGCACACUGGCUGCACGCCUUCGCCGAGUCAGACAUCGACCUAUCUCAUGCGCCGGAACAACGCGAGGUCGAGGUGUUUGAGCUGCAGCGACGGGCGUCGGACGCGCCGGACGCCGAGUACGAGCCCUUCCUGUUCACGACGCAGCCAUACACACCAUUGUCGCCCGCACGCAUCGCCGGCGAUCGUCCCCGCGGGUCGCGCUUUUUCGAGGACGUCGAGGCACCCCGGGGCUGGCGGUGGGCGGACAAGAAGUGGACGCUGGAUCUCCUGUCGCGCGACUGGGUCGAGGACCGCUGUAUCACCGGCGUCGAGGUCGAAAUCGAGGGUGAACGCUGGGUCAGUGACAUCCAGUACGAUGAGGGAAUCGACUUCGCCUCCCUCGCCCUGGCUUCCAACGAGGACAUCACCAAAACGGGCGUCGCGGCCGCCGGGCUCGCGCUCGUCGGCGGCGGCGGCGGCCUUGCGGCACAGUCGACGCCCAACUUGGGGCAUACCGCGGCAUCAAAACCGAAGAUGGCAGUCAGGAGUUGGGAGGAGGGCGACGGGAGCAGGAAGAAGGGUCUGUGGAGGCGAAGGAGAUGGGUGCGGCUCGUGGAAAGGCGGCCGCUGCCGCCACCGGAGGACGUAUACUUGAGCGCACAGAACGAGUAA